AUCAACAGUUCUGUAUUGUGCUGGUUCUUUGAAACUUUCAACGAUUUGUCCACGAUUUUUACGCCCCAACAAAUGUCCACUAGCUGUGAAAUUAAAUUCGAUGAGAAUCCUUACGGAGUUUACUUCCCGGGUCAAACCUUAUCCGGAACUGUGGAACUUCGGUUGGCUGAGCUGGUCAAGGUGAAAGGUGUUGCUCUUCAAAUCAAGGGUGUUGCUGAGGUACGAUGGUCCGAGACCUCUGGUGUUGGGAAGAAACGUCGCACAGUACAUUAUCAUGGUCGCCAAGAUUACAUGAACUCCACUACCUAUUUGGCUGGCUCCAAAGAUAGUAAUAGUAUUGAAUUGCUGCCAGGAAUCCAUACAUAUCGCUUUUCGUGUGUUCUACCAAUCAACCUAGUCACAUCACUGGAAGCAGAAUAUGGUCACAUUAGAUACACGGUCAAAGUAAUUCUAGAGCGUGUCUGGAAUACGGAUCAUUCGUACAAAGUAGCAUUCACAGUACUACGACACGUAAACCUAAACGAAGAGAAUUACGAUGUACGUCAACCAACCAAAAUGGCAAAACAUAAAACCUUCUGCUGUGGUCCAUGUAGUUCCGCUCCUAUGUUGAUAACUGCUGAAACUCCAAUUUCUGGGUAUGUGUCCGGUCAGACCAUAGCUGUUCGUAUAGAAGUGGACAAUCAAAGUAAUAAAAAUCUUGAAGAAAUUUCCACCAAACUGCUACGUGUUGUAUCGUUCAUAAGCCAAACGCCAUACACUCGUGUCAAGAACUUGUCUACAGUUGUAGCAGCAGUCCGGGGUAUUGGAGUUGCCAAGCACAGCAAAACUAGCUACGAACAACUUCUCUACAUUCCACCCUUGCCAUCAACCAGCAAAACCUGUCAAGUUCUCACGGUGAACUACGUCGUAGAGGUGGAAGGAAAAAUCUCCGGUCCGGUAAUCAACCCAAAAAUCCAACUCCCUAUUACAUUGGGUACGAUACCGUUGACAACCAAUGCAAUUCCUGAUUUUGAAAGCGUGCCAAAUACGACAACUCCCAUUACGGUACAGCCAACGACAUCGGAUCCAGAUGAUCAAGCUCCCGCCCUGCCUACGGAUCUACCCCCACCUAGUUACGAGGAGGUUGUUCAUGGUGGCGGCGGGGCCAAUAUCCAGGAGGAAGGUGAAACAAAUGAAAUCGGUUGGAGGGAGUACACGCCAAGGUACAUGGUGUAUCGAUUCAGUGAAACCGAACCGACUGCUGCAGUGAUGGCACCACCACCACAAGUAUCGGAGUUGGAUACAAAACGAGCCAUUAUGGAAAAAUAUUGAGUAGGGAAAUAUCUAUAGAUUUGUUUCUCAAUUUAUGAUUAAAACAAGUAUUCUAAUUUAUCUACGAGACAACUUCAUAGAAAUUCCACUUUAUUCCACUACUUGAUAUGUAUUUAAAUUAUUUGUUUUG